AUGUCAAAAGUCGAAACUGAAUCUCCCAUUCGUACCGCUCCAGUUGCGAAACGGCUUCGGGUCGGAGACAGGACAUUAGUUGCUUGCCUGGGCUGCAAGCAAAGGAAACAGAAGUGCGACGGCCAAUCACCGACAUGCAGAAACUGUCGUCGCGCUGGACGAGAAUGCCUCGUCGAGGACCCGACCACUAAGCGGCACCAGCCGCGAGGAUAUCUACAAUCGUUGGAAGAGCGUGUGGCUUUCUUAGAAGGAAUGCUUCAAAGCGUCAACCCGGAUGUUGCUCGCGAUCAUCUGGGGCAAAAGGUUGCCGCGGAAAGGGCUUUCAGUACGGAGCAACCUCAAGCCACAGCUUCGGACACCAUCAGUAGCACAUCUAAAGACGCUUUAGAAGAUGAAAAAGUCGACGACCUUUCUUCAGAAGUUGGUCUACUAUGUUUACAUGCGGCGGGGCGCGAGCCUCACUAUUUCGGCUCCUCAUCUGGCUUCGCUUUCACAAAGGUCCUGAAUUCGUCGCUGAAAAAUUUCCGGAGCCAAGGUCCAGGCAUUUCUCUUGGGUGCGUGAACGACUCUUCGCUGAAUACGAGGUCGAUUGUGCCACCUUGCCCUCUCCCUAGCAAGCCUGUCGCGAGUAUGUUGACGCAGGCGUACUUCGAAAACAUACACACCCAAUACCCGUUCCUCCAUCGACCAACGUUUGAGAAGUGGGAGGCGGAUGUUAUGGCUGCAAGGGAUGGAGAGCCGAGACAUGUAGAUUCGAUCAUGUUGUUUUUCUUAUACAUGGUAUACGCUGUCGCUUCAAUGAUUGUUCCAUUCAAUCCAGAGGGGUCAGCCGAGGGAUACAAUGCUGCAGCUCAGCAACAUAUGGAUUAUGUGAUCCAACUAGAUACCGUCGAAUCAAUUCAGGCAAUCCUGUGCUGUGCCAUGUAUUCUUUGAGAUCUCCUGUUGGUGUAUCAAUAUGGACACUUUCUGGUUUUGCAUUACGACAAUGUAUGGAGCUAGGACUUCAUAGAAAUACUCGCAAGUACUAUCGCAAACAAGAUCCUCUACGCUUUGAAAUUGGAAAACGAGUAUUUUGGUGCUCUUAUGGCUUGGACCGGGCUGCUGCAAUCACGCUUGGAAGACCGUUUGGUAUCAUGGACAAGGACAUUGAUGUAGAGUAUCCUCUGGAUAUAGACGAUGCUUUCAUCGAUGCCUCUGGGUUUCACUCAGCUCCGAGGUCUAAUCCGGCUGAUCCACCAACGAGCAUAUCAAGUGCAAUUCACACCUUUCGGCUCCGACGAAUCUGGUCGAGGAUCAACGAAUCUCUGUAUCCGAGCGUAAUCUCAGCUGACGCCGAUAUUCUGGCGUCUCCGGCAGUGGUUCAGCAGCUGCGAGAGGAGUUGGAUGGAUGGCAUGCCUCGACGCCGCCUCAACUCCCUCCGAUUUCUGCCGCACUCUCCACUUUUACAUCUCAAGAAUGGUUCCAGCUGGCCUACGAUCAUAGCGUUUUGAUGCUGUAUCGGAAGCAUCUCACGACAGAGUACGCCUCCAGAGAUGCAAAUGCCGGAGCUAUAUUCCUUGAAUGCACGGCAUGCGCUCGAGAAAUAUGUCAUCUUUAUCGCCGCCUGUACAUCCACCAUCCGGUCAGCUACACAUGGGGCUCUGUGCAUAUCCUCUUCCUUGCAGGUCUGACAUAUCUGCAUUGUCUGUGGACAUCACCGGUGCAGGACCAAAACUUUCAGCGAAACGAGGUAUAUGGCACUUGCACAGCCUGCACGAUGGUAUUGGUGGUAAUGGCCGAGCGGUGGAGCGCAGCGGCAAGCUAUCGCGACAUAUUCGAGACGUUGGCCGGCAAAACAAUGAGCAUGGUCUGCGAUAGGGAGAAUGGAGUCUGGCUGGCGCCAAAUGAACCUAUCAUGAGCUUUGAACAAGAUCCGGACAUGUCUCUGAUGAACGAGUGGAUCAUGAAUGCCGUUGACGUUGGCAUGUGUGGAGGAGUAGAGAAGUUGUUGAGCGAUCUCGUGGGAGAUCCGUUUUCGAGUUUGUGAUAACCAUAUAUAUAUCCACAGGGCAACGGGUCUAGAUGGAGUCACGGUGAUGCUUGCUUUGUAUAAAUUUCACACAAUGAAUUCUCGGCGCAUAGGAGAGCUAGAUCCCAAGGCUCGAAGAUCUAAAUAUUCCAUCGACUUCGUCCUGAGACUUUCAAGAUACUGCUACUAUCGCAAAAAUCUAUACAUUCCACAC